CUGGGUGUAGCCGUAUUGCCACACAGGUAACACAGGUCGAGUAGCAUCAAGGUCCAGGAUAACAAGGCUUCAGUUGCAAAAAGUCGGUCGAUCCAGUCGUUUCAUUUAGCCUACAAUUAAAGUUAUCCUCACCAGAAGCAUGGAUUUCAGUUUGGAUGCAGCUGUGGAUACAGAUGACAAGGUCAAGAGUGAGUCCAGCCAGGAGGUGAACUCCUUCUUUGGGUUUGGUAAAAAGGACAAGGACAAGGACAAGGAGAAGGACAAGUGUAAGAGUGACUCAAAGGACAAGCACCAUGACGAGCACGACAAGCACCAUGACAAGCACCACGACAAGAAGGACCAUGACAAGAAGCAUCACAAGGACAAGUCCCACUGUAAAGAGCACAAGAAGGGAGGAAAGAAACACAAGGAGGGUGGCCACGGCAGUGACUCGGACUCUUCAUCUUCAUCUUCAUCCAGCAGUGGAGGAGAAGGAAAGGAGAAACACAAGAAGGAGAAGAAACACAAACACAAGCAUUAACUCCAUGGCAUUGUGGCAAUAUUGCAGAUAUUCAUUAGAUCUUAAGGGCUAAAAUGUGAUUAAUAUGCCUACUUAUAUAAAAAAAAAAACUGCAUACAUUUAUUGAUUCUGCUAUAGCCAUGUAGCCGACUUUGCUGAUUAAAUGUAAUCACUUUGACUCCAUUUCUUUAAAA